GUCUACAGCUGCUAGUGCUUAUGUUUUCACCGUCUUCGUUCCCUUAACGCUGCAAACUUGGAUGGUGAAGGUUCAGAUGAAGACAGCCAGAGUGUCAGUGAUGGGGAUCAUGAUCCCCCAUCACCAGAACCAGAGUCACCAAACAGUUUUUCCCUCCCUGUAGGACCUGAUGACAUUUUUGAGUGCAGAGCAGAGGAUUCUGUCCAGCCAAAGAAUUAUUCUGCUCCCCUAGGACCUGAUGACAUUUCCCGGUCCAGAGCAGAGGGUCCUGUGCAGCCUCAACUCAAGGUCUUCCCCAAGACACGGCAUGGGAAUAGAAAGAGAGCCUUCAGUGCUUCAUGGUAUAUGGACAACUCAUGGAUAGAAUACUCUAUUAGUAAAGAUUCUGUUUUUUGCUAUGCCUGCAGGCAUUACUCCCUUCCAAGUGCUCCAUCAUCCAUAUUCACAUCAGAAACAGGCUUUUCUAACUGGAAAAAAAGCCUUGUGCAAGGAAGGUGGCUUUAAAGGUCAUUCUAAAUCAGACCAUCACAGAAGUGCAAUGUUUGCAUGGAAGCAACAUCAAAUGGUUAUGCAAACAAAUACAUGCAUUGUAAAUUGAAUAAAUAAGGAGAGGGAAAAGAAAAUUAAAGAGAAUCAGGAAUACAUCAAAACAAUUGCAGAGGUACUCCUGUUAACUGCCACCCAGAAUAUCGCCCAAAGAGGUCACAGAGAGUCUGAUGACUCAAAUAACAAGGGCAACUUUUUAGCCAUUUUGGAGCAGAUUGCUAAACAUUAUCCCUUAAUAGAGAAGCGAAUGAAUGCUUAUGGCAAUGCCAAGUACACAAGCAAAGGUAUACAAAAUGAAAUACUCGAAUGCCUGGCAGAAAUGGUUCAAGCUGACAUAAUAAAAGAAGUUCGAGAAAGUGAGGUUUUCAGCAUAAUUGCUGAUGAAACAAAAGACCUUCAAAAGAAGGAGCAAGUAUCACUGGUUAUCAGGUAUUACUACAAUGGGAUGACACAUGAAAGCUUUCUUGACUUUAGAAGGGCUGACAGCUUAGAUGCUGCAGGCCUUACCAGCUUGAUAAUAAAUUGCCUUGAAAGACAUGGACUAGAAUAUCGUACCAACCUGGUUGGUCAGGGCUAUGAUGGUGCAGCUGUUAUGAGUGGCAAGCACUCAGGCGUGUGUACAAGAAUCCAAGAUGUGGCAAAGUAUGCAUUUUAUGUGCAUUGUAAUGCACACUGUCUGAACCUUGUUAUUGUGGAUAGUGUCAAGUCAGUGUCUGGGGCAGAUUGUUUUUUUUCUCUCCUACAAAAACUUCACUGCUUCAUCUCUGGAUCAUACAUACACACCAAAUGGCUUGAAAUUCAGAGAGAAAUGUAUGGUGGCCAGUCUCGUGAAAUUCCAAGACUAAGUGAUACUAGGUGGGCUUGCAGGUAUGAAGCAUGUCACAACCUGUUAGACAGACUCCCUGCAGUAGUCUGUGUCCUUCAGGAGAUUGGACUUGAGAGUAAUGGGGAUCGGGCAGUUGAUGCUCGUGGUUUACUAGGCCAAAUUGACUUAAAUUUCACUGGGCUUCUGGUUACUUUUAGUAAAGUACUGGGCCAGUCCAAGUUCUUGUCUGACAUACUGCAGUCCCCCUCAUUGGACCUAGAAGCAGCUGUGAGUCUUGUCGAUGCAUUACUUGACACUUUGCAGCAUUAUAGGACUGAUGCUUUUUUUGAGGUUUUAUGGGCUGAGGUUGAGAAAAUUGCUGUGAAUUGUGAUGUCACUAUGGAAAAGGCUGAGAAAAGGCAGUCAGUGAGGAAUAGGAGGCUAGGUGGAUACUUAGUCACUACACCAACUGGUGAGCAUAGAAUAGAUCAUGAUGAUAAGGAAAGCUUUCAGAAACAUGUGUUCUAUCCAGUACUCGACUCCAUGAUGGGUGAACUCCAAAGACGUUUCUCUAAACCAAAUUGUAAAAUAAUGAAAGGAAUCCAAGCCCUGCAUCCACAAAGCAGCACCUUUUUACAUGAAGAAGAUCUUUUUGCUUUUGCUGAGAUUUUUGAUUCAAAUGUUGAUGAUUUAGCACAUGAGUUACAUCAAAUCAAGAGAGUGUUGGAGAGGAAAGAAAAUAGUGGAAUGAAAAGGCUGAUGACCCUCCUUGAGUUUGUCAAAUUUGUAGAACCAUUCAAGGAGGUAUUCCAUGAGCUUUUUAGGCUUGGCAAGAUUGCUAUUGUAAUACCAGUCAGCAGUGCCUCAUGUGAAUGAAGCUUUUCAGCUCUUAGCUUAAUUAAAAACCACCUGAGAACAACAAUGGGGGAUGACCGCUUGAAUCACAUUGGAGUAUUGAAUCCAGGAGGGCAAAGACACUAGAUAUGAAUGAAUUUCUCAAAGGUUUUGGUGUCAGUCACAAAAACCGGAGAAUUGUUCUUUUUUAAGAUAGGACUUACCUGUUACUCCAGUGAUACUCCUGUGUAUUAUAGACUUACCUGUUACUCCAGGGAUUUUCUCCUGUGUAUUAUAGACUUACCUGUUACUCCAGGGAUACUCCUGUGUCUGAGGAUAGUUACCUGUGUACUCCUUAACUUUUGUGUUGCCUGCUUAACCUACUGGCCUGUACUCAUCUGUUUAUCAUCAA